AUCUUGCUCUUGGCAACCAUGUUGAAAUUUAUAGUCAAAUUUUUUUUGGACACAUCAUUUUUUUCAUAAAUUUAUUGAAAAGGAAAAUUUGUUUCAAUUAAAAUCAGAAAAGGAUAGUAGAAAAGCUUUAUAUUCCAAUUGCAGGACGUACGCUAACAUUAAAAUUUAACACACAACAACGGACGUCUCAUAAAACUUUUUUAACGGCAGCAAAGAAAAUCGAAAGAAAAGAUCGCAUUUUUCCUAAAUCUUAUCAUUGACAUGCUUUAAAGCGGAAAAAAAUAGUUACAUUAGUACUCGUAUUGCAUAAAAAUGGCAACAGAAGCACAAGAUUUACAAACUGAAGGCGAAGCAGGCGGAAACGAGGUAGUUCAGGCAAAUGGGGAAGUAUCUUCUGGAGCUGACCAGCGCGACCAGCAGCUACAACAAAGGCAGCCCACAAAAUUGGAGUCAUUUUUUUCUAUGCUUAAAUCUCUAAUUCUGCGGGCUUUGAUUAUCUAUUUUGUGAGUACGUUCUUUAGGCGCAGUCAACCACCUAUGGUAGCUAAUAACCAAAAAAGUCCUGCUUCUCCUGGCCACACGAUGCAUGCUUGGAAUUAUUUUGAAAAUGGUACUAUAUUUGACUUGCACGUUUGGCUCUCUGACGAUCCUUUUGAGGUGAACUUUAAGCAAACAUCCAAUUUGUUAUGGUUUCAAGAAGAUCUCAUAUACGGCGACUGGUCGUCCGGUCCAAAUGGUGACGGUACUUAUCAUCACAGUAUAUCCUUAAAGACGACACCGAGGUUAAUGAAUAAUGGUAGUAUAUACCUACAUGCGUUUGUUACCAAAUCCGGUGAAUCACCGGAUCCAAAUUCUUCUAAUUAUCCCCGGAAUGGUUUAAUGGGUCACCAUCAAAGACAAUUGAAUAAAUUUAAACGCGUACGAGUGAAUCGUAAUUACAAUUUAUUAGCGAGUGAAAAGGAGAAGUUGGCCUUUGAAUUAGCUCAAGCGAAUCUUAAAGAUAGUAUUGUGUCACAUUGGCAUCCUAAUCUCACUGUCAAUGUAGUCGUGGACCAAACAAAUUGGUCGAAAGGAUCAGUGCCUCCUCCAUUGGAUGAGUUCGUGAAAUUUGUAGAGAGUGGAAAAACCUAUUUGCCGAUCGUUUUUCUCAAUGACUACUGGAACCUACAAAGAGACUAUUAUCCCAUAAACGAGACCACACCCGAGUUACCCUUGCAUUUAUCCUUUCAGCCGUUAACCAGUUUCAAAUGGCAAUUGUACGCUGUGCAACAAAUGAAAAACAAAUUUACUGGCAAUAUAUUCGGUGAACUAAUGGCAAGUGGCAAUGCGGAGGACGCCGAAGAAGAUCAAGAUUCGUUAAAAGAGACUCUCUUGGAAACCAAUAUUUACCUUUUUGGUCUAACAAUAGCCGUUUCUAUAUUGCAUUCUAUAUUUGAAAUGCUGGCUUUCAAGAAUGAUAUACAGUUUUGGAACAAUCGCCAGUCCUUAGAAGGUUUAUCGGUACGUUCAGUUUUCUUCGGUGUACUUCAAUCUUUAAUUGUCUUGCUUUAUGUAUUGGACAGUGAGACCAAUUUUAUGAUAAGGAUAACUUGCUUCUUUGGUCUUGCCAUUGAAAUAUGGAAAAUCCAUAAAGUGGUUGACGUCAAUUAUAAUACCGAUCAAAAAAUGCUAGGAAUUUUUCCUAGAAUUUCUUUCAAGGACAAAGGAUCGUAUUCAGAAAGUGCUACCAAGGAAUACGAUAACUUAGCAUUCAAAUAUUUGGGAUGGGUUUGCUUUCCUUUGCUGAUAGGCUAUUUCAUUUAUUCGCUUGUUUAUAACGAGCACAAGGGCUGGUAUUCAUUUGUUUUGAAUAUGUUAUAUGGCUAUUUGUUGACUUUUGGAUUUAUUAUGAUGACGCCUCAGUUAUUUAUUAAUUACAAAUUGAAAUCUGUGGCCCAUAUGCCUUGGCGUAUGAUGACCUAUAAAUUUUUAAAUACAUUUAUCGACGACAUAUUCGCAUUUGUUAUAAAAAUGCCAACCAUGUAUAGAUUGGGUUGCUUCCGUGACGAUAUUAUAUUCUUUGUGUUCCUGUAUCAGCGUUGGCAAUAUCGUGUCGACUUUAAACGUGUCAACGAGUUCGGUUUCUCCGGCGAAAUGGCUGAAGAAGCUGCCAAAAAGAAACUGGAAACCUCGACCAAUCGAGCAGCCAUUAAAGACGCUUCCAAAGAUGAUAACAAAACAGUUAUAGACAAAAAAAUGGAUUAAGUUUCAACGCAUUUCUUUGUUUUGACUUCGUUUGUUGUGUGUUGUAAAAAAAAAAAAUAUG